UGAAGGAAACCAGCUGCCAUUCGUGCUGUACCGGGCUGCAGUGUGUUUGUACCAGAUUAUCGCUUUUGGAAUUGUACAUGGAGCCCUGCAUAAAAUGCCCCCGGAAAUAAUCUGGAUACAUCUGAGUGAAUGGGGCUAUGCCUUACUCACACUCCACACUCUACUGAGCGCUGCACUCUGCUUUACUGACUACUACAAGUCUCGUUCCCAGCGUGGUGAAGCACCAGACGCGACUCUGUCGUCUGAUGUCGUCAUGGCGACGGGAUGUACCAUUUCACCCACCACUACAGGAGGCGGAACAACCCAAGCAAGUGUCGACCAAGACUCUGCCCAAAGCCUGCAAAUACCAUGGCACUACAAACUCUACUGGGUCUUGUACAAUGUUGCCUUCGGUGGAGGGAUUUGCAUCACGAUUUUGUUCUGGGCACUGAUAGGAGGUGACAGUAGCGCUCUUAGCAUCCUUAUCCACGCCAUGAAUUCUGUCACCAUAGUAAUAGACGUAAUGGUCAGCGGUCUGCCGUGCCGACUGCUACAUUUUGUUUACCCUUUGACCUUUGGGGUUGUGUACAUUCUCUUUACUGUCAUCUACUGGGCCGCGGGAGGGACAGGACCAGAUGGCCAACCCUAUAUAUACCCCUUUCUUGACUAUGGCGGGGGGCCCGCCCUAGCCGCUAUUGUAGCUGUACUGGGGGUUCUAGUAGCAAUACCAUUAUGUCACUGUAUCGUCUUCGCUCUUGUGGUUGCUCGCGAGAGUUUAGUUCGCUCACUGAAGAGACGUCAGUCAGAUAAUCAGAAUGUUGACGUCACUGCUCUGUAGGCCUACUUCUAGAUCAAAGAUUUUGU